CUGAUUUCCUAAAAAUAGUUAUCCAUUUUCUCUCCCCAAACUCAGGUCAAAAGUAAAGAUUCUUAUCACUUCCCAUGUGUUUUUUCACUUCGGCAGAAAAGCAAACAUAUGCUACAGCGAGAGUAUGUAUCUAAUUUAUUUUCAAAGUUGAAUAACUCAGCACAGCAGCAGUGCAUUAUAGUCUGAGGAAUAAAAAUGAAUGUGUUUAGUAACUUUUUGACUGCCUCGAGGAAAACAUAUCUGAGAAUGGCGUCAUCUUCAAGCACAUCUGGAAAAUAUGAUUUCGUUGAGCGAGGUAAAAAAAUACUUGGAGCGGCGCUAAAUUACAUGGAUAUUGUACGCUCUCGCAAUGUACCUGUACCGGAAGAACCGCUUCUAUUCCUUAAGCCGACAACAUCCUACGAGAUCGAAGGCAACCCUAUUGUGAUUCCAAAGGUGUUUACAAAAGUGGCUCAUGAAGUUGAAUUGGGCGUAGUAAUUGGAAAGAGAUGUAAAAACGUAAAAAAAGAACAAGCACUUAAUUAUGUUGGUGGUUAUUGUCUAGCGCUUGACAUGACUGCCCAAUGUAAUUUGGGGACAGCACGCAAAAAUGGUCACCCAUGGAGUUUAGGUAAAGGCUUCGACACUUCAACCCCAGUGUCUCGUUUUAUAAGCUGCGAUGAGAUUAAAGAUCCCCACAGUUUGCCCCUAUGGUUAAAAGUGAAUGGAGAGCUGCGCCAGCAAGGCAACACUCAAGACCUGAUUUUUAAAGUUGAUGAUCUUAUCGCCCAUGCUUCAAAAUAUAUGACUCUGGAGCCCAACGAUUUAUUAUUAACAGGCACACCAGAUGGUGCGUUGCCAGUAAAGGCUGGUGACGUAAUUGAGGCUGGUAUUGGCGUAGAUGUGCAGAUAAAAUUUAUGGUUGUGAACGAAGGAGACACGAGCUCUACCAUUUGAUAAUGUAAUCAUGCCGCCAUGAAGCGCCUUAACAAGUGUAUAACAUUUUUGUAGUCAAAUAUUAAUUUAUAAUCAAAAAGUUUUA